AUGCAAUUAAGAACAAGUGGUGCAGCAGAUGGUUUCAGAAUCAGCGUUUCCAGCACUCCCAGUUGUUCAAAUCACAAUUCUGGCCACGAUGACAUAGAAUCACUAGGAGACGUUUUCGUUUGGGGAGAAGUUUGGUCUGAUGUGGCAUCCACCGAUGGAUCCAUAAACACUUUCCAAUCAAAAAGUGACGUCACCAUCCCUAGGCUCCUAGAGUCAAACGUAGUCAUAGACGUCCAACAAAUCGCUUGUGGUGUUUGCCAUUUGUCCCUCGUUACAAAACAAGGCGAGGUUUUCACUUGGGGGGAGGAAUCCGGCGGCCGGCUCGGCCACGGAACGGAAAAAGACUUCCGCCGGCCACAUCUUGUGGAGUUUCUCGCCGUCACUAAUGUCGAUUACGUCGCUUGUGGUGAGUUUCAUACGUGUGCUAUAACGAACGCCGGAGAUUUAUACACCUGGGGUGAUGGGUUACAUAACGCCGGUCUCCUCGGUCAUGGCACCGACGCCAGCCAUUGGAUUCCGAAACGGGUCUCUGGUCCUUUGGAAGGACUUCUGGUGUUCUCCGUCGCGUGUAGCACAUGGCAUACAGCGCUCUCAACCGUCGACGGGAGGCUAUUUACGUUCGGCGAUGGAAGGUUUGGGGUUUUAGGGCACGGAGAUCGGGAAAGUGUAAAGUAUCCAAAAGAAGUCCAAUCGUUAAACGGGUUGAAAACUUUGAAAGUCGCGUGUGGAGUAUGGCAUACGGCGGCGAUUGUCGAGGUCACAAAUCAACACGGCGGACUUUCGACAUCCCGGAAGCUGUUCACGUGGGGCGACGGGGAUAAAUUCCGAUUAGGUCAUGGAGAUAAGACAACGUACUUACAACCAACAUGUAUUUCAUCUCUUAUGGAUUACAACUUCCAUCAACUAGCAUGUGGCCACACGAUGACAUUAGCCCUCACAACCUCCGGCCAUGUCUUCGCCAUGGGUAGUCCGGCGUACGGCCAACUCGGAAUCCCACAAUCUGACGGAAAAAAACCGGCGUUAGUACAAGACGGAUUAGUCGGCGAAUUCGUCGAAGAAAUUUCAUGUGGGGCAUACCAUUGUGCGGUUUUAACAUCAAGAAGUGAAAUCUUCACAUGGGGAAUGGGAGCAAACGGAAGAUUAGGCCAUGGCGACUACGAAGAUCGGAAAACUCCAACUUUAGUCGAAUCGUUAAAAGAUCGACACGUGAAAAGCAUUUCUUGUGGCGCAAGUUACACCGCGAGUAUUUGCAUCCACAAAUGGGUUUCCGGCGCCGAUCAAUCAGUUUGUUCGGGAUGUAAACAAGCGUUUGGGUUCACUCGAAAGAGACAUAAUUGUUACAACUGUGGGCUUUUUCAUUGCCAUGGUUGUAGUUCACGAAAAGCGAUCAAAGCCGCAUUGGCGCCAAUUCCGGGAAAACCCCACCGUGUUUGCGACUCCUGUUAUGCAAAAUUAAAAAAAUCCGGUGAAAUCGGGAAUAUUAACAACAACAACAACAACGUCUCCACUUUUCACCGGAAAUUUAGCACACAACCCGCACAAGGGCAACAAGGGCGGACUUCAAGGCUUUUAAUGUCUCCAAAUAUUGAACCAGUUAAAUAUCUUGAAAUCAUGUCCGCUAUGUAUGGACCAAAAUCAGGUAAUUGUUCAUCCGUAAGACGUUCACAAGUUCCCUCUUCACAGCAAUUGAAGGAUAUUGCUUUUCCGAGUUCAUUGGGGGCGCUUUCAAAUGCUUUGAGACCUGUUUCUGGCCCCACGACGAUUCAGCCACAGUUUCUGCCGCCACCGCAGCCACCGCCUCAGCCGGUUUCGAGGCCGGCUUCUCCUUUCGCGAGGCGGCCGAGUCCGCCGUGCUCCGGUGGCUCUCCGAUGUUCUCGAGAGGUGUGAUUGAUAGUUUGAAGAAGUCUAAUGAGCUUUUGAAUCAUGAAGUCACCAAGUUACAUAAUCAGGUGAAAACUUUAAAGAAGAAGACUGAUCGGCAAGAAGCAGAAAUUGGGAAAUUGAGAACUAAGGCUGAACAGUCUGCUGCCUUGGCAUCUGAUGAAAGUGCUAAGUGUCUAGUUGCUGUGGAUGUCUUCAAAUGUGUCAAAUCUCAGCUAAAAGAUUUAACAGAGAAGCUGCCUCCAGAACUAUCUGAUGAUGAAGCAUUCAAAGCAGUAACUUCUAAAGUGAAUGAGUUUUUGCAAUCAGACAUUACUUCAUCCAAAAGAAUUAGAAGCAGAAAGUAUACUGAUGAGAAUAAUGGAUCUUCUUCUUCUGGUCAAACCACAGAAUCCACAAGUCAAACAAGCAGACAAAGCAGCUCGAGACUACCCAGGUAUCCAAGUAGGAGGGAGGAAAAGAAAGAAUUGAUUGAACAAUUUGAACCUGGUGUUUAUGUUACUCUCAUUCAGCUCUCAAAUGGCACCAAAAUUUUUAAGCGCGUUAGAUUCAGCAAAAGGAAGUUUGUGGCGGAGCAGGCGGAAGAAUGGUGGAAGGAAAACAAAGAAAGGGUGUUCAAGAAAUAUAGUACGGGAAGGCCAAGCAACCGUCCAACUACAUCUAAGGCUCAGCCACCACCUAAUCAGGAACCAUCCACAUCCACAUCCACAUCCACUUAGCUCGCUUUCUUUUAUCUUAUAUAACCCACUUAACAAAAUGCGAAAAUAUUAUUUGUUGUGGUAGUCCCUAUGAAGUAUCUAAAGGGAGUAAAAAGGUUAGAAUCCAUAGGUGACAUAAUAUAGAGAUUGUGAUUUAUCUUCCUCAUGUUGGAUAUUGGAUAUAUGGGACCGCGAUUUGUCUGAACACAAUCUUGGGGAACCACAAACAAACUUAUGUUAAAGGAAAGAGAGAUUAAACAACAAAUAUAAUUUUUUUAUGUGUGG